CGGUUUUCCGCCCUUUAAAAUAGCACGUAAAGUGGUUUUUACUUGUUUAUAAUGAUUCAUUUGCGGCAGAAAACGCUGUGACAUUCGUGGAAGAGAAAAUAUGCAUAGUGCAGCUUCCUGGGAACAACAAAAGUUAUAUCUCUGUCCAGUCGGAAUUCAGGUUCAUUUGCAGUCGUCUAUUUAGAGUUCCUUUAGUCCAACCCAAUGGAAGCUGAUCCAGCUAUUGUUUUAGAAUGGUUGGACGCUGCAAAUGAUGAUCUCAGAGAGUUGCAGCUAACAGCACUGGAACAACUAUGCAACGAAGUCCUCUUCUCUGACAAUAUUGAUGUCUUCUUUGAGCGUUAUCCACCACGUCUUUUUAUACCUGCUUUGUGUAAAAUAUUUUUGGAUGAAUUGGCCCCAGACUCAGUUUUGGAAGCGAAUGCUCGUGCUCUCACAUAUUACUUAGAUGUCAGUUUAGACUGUGCUCCACGAAUUGCACGUUCACCGAAUGUAUUGACAGCAAUGACUUCCAGAUUGGAUGCAGUUGAUAUGACAUCGGCUAAAAGUAAUGAACUUGGACAGCAGAUUAUAAAAAUGUUGCAGCUUAUUUGUACACGAGAACCUGGAGCUGUAUACACGGCAGGAGGAUUGACCUCUGUAUUGCGUUACAUACGUUUGUAUCCACACUUGCUUCACGCUGAUGUCCUUCAGGCUGGAAUGGAUAUCAUUAGACGUUUAUUUACAAGGGCUGAUCCAACAGAUAAGAAUUUAACCAGCUGGAUUGAUUCCUUGAGUUCACUACUAGAUCGUCGAGAAAUAGGUGUAGCUGAUCAAGCACUGCGGGCAUUCGCUAAUUUAGUUGCUCGAUUUACUCGAACAGGCACAGAUCCUACUCCACUUGCCGAUCCGCAUAUUAUUGAUUGUCUUCUCCAACGACUUCGUGUUGCUGGUGGUGUUGAAGUUGAUAGUGAACUGACGACGGAUUCUUCUGGUUCUAAUCAACCAGCAGAUACAUCUGGAGGUGGUCGUGAUGGUCUUUCAGGUCCAUCUGAAAGCAAUCCAGUUGUUGUUCAUGCAGUGACCAGUAUACUGACUUCGCUUUGUUGCAAUUCUUUGAGUAUAACACGUAAACUCUUAACUAAUGAUGGCCAAUUUGCUAUGACAUUGGCUAUGGUUGUUCAACGUAGCACUGAUGAGUUAGUUGUGAUUAGUGUUCUACGACUAAUAGAAAUUCUCUUGGUAUUACUCUAUCAAAAUCAUCAUCAGCAGCAUCAUAAUCUUCAACCAAAGUUGGAUGAUUCCUCGCAGAAGACAGAAGAGGCGAAUGAAUCUACUUCAGUAGAGACUACUACUAAUAAACAUGAUACUUUCAAAAAAGAACCCUUAGAAGGUCAAUCGUCCAAACAGACUGAGUUUACAACCUCUGUAUCGAUUCUUGAGCAUGCCGAAAAUUCACAGUGUAUUGAACAACAACCUAAACACGCAAGUGAUAGUGCAUUGGAAUCUCAACAUUCUUGGGAAGGAGAUGCUAUUCAUCGUCAUUUCAUCGAAGCUAUAAAACGACAAGACAUUGAUUUCAUGAAGUGCAGUUUAAAGUCUGGAAAAAUUGAUGUGAAUUACAUGGAUCAUUUGGGUCAAACAUUAUUAAACUGGGCGGCAUCAUUUGGAUCACCAGCUAUGGUUGAACUUUUAUGUGCUCAUGGUGCAAAUGUCAAUUUAGGCGUCCGUAGUCCUUUAGACUAUGCUGCUUCAUUUGGACGUGUUGAUGUAUGCCGAACACUGCUUAAUUGGGGUGCUGAUAUAAACAAACGAGAUGCACAAGGUAGAAGACCUAUAGAUCGAGCACGUGAACAUCCAGAUUUUCCGGGUUCACAUCAAGUUAUUGAUAUGUUGGAGGCAGAGGCAAAAAGAGUCAGUUUAAGAGGUUUAUCAUCAAACUUAGAUAAGCCGGAUAAACCAACGGAUGGUUCCUCUUCCAUCUCCUCCUCCUCCGCAUCACUUUCGCUUGAUAAUAAGCAUGGUGCUGAUAACCGAGAUAACGAUGAUCCUGCUGAAGCUCAACGUUUAUUUGUUCAUCAACUGCUUCCUUUGUUAGUUGGACUCUUUCGAGAAAGUACAUCAUCAUCUGUAAGACAUCAAUGUACACUAUUGGUUUGGCGUAUGAUUCACUAUAUGCACCCUGAUCAUCUGGAAGCAAUCAGUUUAAUGGAGAAUCAGUCAGUUCCAUUCGCUUUUUCGUUAACACAAAUGAUAUACACUGUGCUAAUUGAGGAAAGAGAAGAAUUAAUUUUACGUGCAUUAGAAUUAUGCCUUCGUUUAUUGCAUAAAUCACCGUCUAUCUAUAUUCUAGUUUUUUAUCGACUAGGCUUAAUGCCAUUAAUUCAAAUAUUAGUUGAUAUAUUGCAUCAUUUAAUUAUUGAAAGUAAACCAACAACAAUUGACCAACAACACCAACAACAACAAGGACAACAGCACAUCUCUUCAGCAUCACCAGUGUACGCAUCAGCAUCGUCAUCCUCAGCAUCUGCAUCAAAUGAAAAUAAUGCCAAAGAUGUGUGUACAACUCGUGUGUCGUCUACUGUUAACACCACCACCAGCACCAGCAACACCAUCACAACAACAGCUACUUCUACUGCUAUCGCUGCCGCUUCUAAUACAUCGACAUCACCGUCUUCUAAUACUGCCAGUGAAGAAACAACAACAACAACACCAACAACAAAAGCGACCGUAGUAGUCGUAGGUGAGAGUCAAUCAACAUCAACACUAGUUGAUGAAAGAAGCACUGAAGAUCAGGAUGCUGUUGGAUCGAGUGGAGUAAAUUUAACAGGAAAUGAUAAUUAUUUACAUGAAAUAUUGUCAAAUGCAGUAACUGAACAACAACAACAACAACAACAAAAAAACGACAAACAAUCGAUAUCGCCACAGAAUGCUAUGUCGUCUACUGCUACCACUGAACCACCUGUUUAUGUGACUGCACAACUUUAUAAUUGGAAUGGUUGGUACUUUUUCUGUAUGGGUCAACUACUGUCUAUCUUCAAUGGAUUCGCUUUUAUUACAAUUCAGCUGCAACCAGAAGAUGGUUGUCUACGUAUCUUAUGUAUUCAUCACCACGGGAAUAGAAGUAAUCCGACACCCGUACAACUACAUCCAGGAGAAAAUCCAUUUCCACGACCCGGUUUGAAGUCAAGAAUGCUUCGUAUGCACCAACAUUUAAUGGAACUUGUCGACAGUAAUAUUACAAUUACUCCAUUAUUCCAAGAAGAGAAUGAAAAUGAGAAAAAUACGGGAAACGAAGAAAAACAACAGAUCGACCAGUCAACGUCCGAAUAUCAAACACGUUUAAAUAUUUUAGGUGAUUCUAGUCUAUAUAAUUUAGAGGCUUCUCGGAAUAAUGCUCGCCGUUUCAGAAGACGUUUAGGUCUACGUCACGACCCUGUUUCUACGCAUAUUGCUGCGUCUACAGCAGCCACUGUGGGCAGCGGCGGCGGCGGCGGUUCAUCAAAGCUCCAACGUCAAGCUUCAUCACCAGCUCGUGUUUGUCUCACCUCGAAGUUUUCUGCAAAACUUUCUCCCCAUCCGUCUAGCUCUCCUGGUGUUGGUGAUACUCGAACACCUAACUCUGUUUCAUUCGGUUCAAUGGUUUGUAGUCUACUAAAACAAAAAGAUGGAACUUACGUUUCUGUGAAACCAAAAGUAUCGUCUUUGUGCGCCUCUAAACCAUUGUUCAGUGAAGCAUUAUUACUCUCUGAGAAUUCUUGUAGUGGUUUUAAACGCGUACGUAUUGCUUCGGUGGGCAAAGAAGCCAGUGCAUCAGCAGUAUCAGACUCGUCGUCUGUUAGUAACGAUUCAAAAUCUAGUAAAACGAUACCCAAGGUAGAUAAAAGUCCAAGGGAAUUGUUAAAGUCAGCAAAACGCCACUCAAGAAGUUUCAUAAGCAUGUUUUCUCAACUUGAUCUCCCAUUGUCUAGUGUUUCGAAUUCACCGUCUGUCACUCCGACAAAUACCACCACACCUGUAACACCUGCUGCCAGUGCUUCAAUAUGUUCACAAGACAUACCAGAGAUAUUUGAUUUUGAUUCAUUAAUCAGUAACUCUGAUCCCUUGAAUGUUGGUGUGGAUUAUUUACAAUUCUGGGAGGAAUCAGCUGCAGGCGCCGAUGACAACAGUGUUUUAACAGAUGUUGAUGAGAAGUGCACUAGCAAAGACGACGAAAUGAUUACAGCAACUAAAAUGGAGUUGUCAAGAAUUGAUAAACUAUUUUUCCCUGAUGAAAUUGUUCAUGAAACAUACAAUAGUGGUCAAUUAGUUGUUUUAUUACGCUCAGAAGAUGAUGAUUCACGACCAGAAAUGGCAGCUGAACGACUUAGUAUUGUACGAAAGUACAUGUUAACUUUAUCUGAGAAAUUAUUAGAAAAAUUACAACAUCAGACAAAUCUGUCUCUAGAGAAAGAAGAAUAUUCAUCAAGUAUCAUUGAUAAAAUUGGACCAAUAGAUGGAUUGAGUCGAAUUAAGAAAAUAGUUGUGCAAAUAUGGAAUGCGUUUAAAGCAGAUAAAUACGAUAAUGAUAAUGCUAGCAAUACAAUUAAUGUAACGUUGAAUAAGUUAUUCAUGGCUUUUAAGCAUUUAUCAGUUAUAUUAAAUGAAGGUGAACAAACAAUUACAGCCUAUGAGUUGACUACAAGUGGUUUGAUUCAAGUUCUAUUGCUGUGUCUGUCCGUCGCUCAUGCUGGUCGUUGGCAUUGUCAUACGUUUUCUGUGAAAUUGGACAGAACAACAGCUUUAUUAUGGUAUCUUCAAGAGAGACGACGUGUAUUCGUUCAAAAUAUGUUAUCCCGUUCCAAGUCCAGAAGUAUAUCACUCCUUGUAAGGCGCCUGGUGCAGGCUUUCGAACUUACAGAGCAUCUCCCACUGAGAUUGUUUUCUGCAGCUCACUUUUCCAGAUCUUCGACCACGUCGAAUACUUCAGAACAGGCGUCUUCAGAUCGUACUGUUGUCAAUAGUGAUGCAAUAGUUAACAAGAAAUCAGAACACCAGCCAUCAUCUAUAAUGGAUAAAAUCGGUUAUGCUGCAUCGUUACCGAUUAAUUUUAUCAAUAGUUCUUUCAAUCGUUGUCAGUUAACUGUUUGCACUGACAGUGGAGAUUCUGUAUCCAUCAAUGUGAAACAACCUUUUCAAGAUAGCAUGGAUGCUAAAGAGCUAUCAGCUUUGUUACGUUUUUGUCCUGUUCUCCUGGAUUUCCCAGAAUUUGAUUCAUGCGUGCCAAGUUUACAUCAAAUUGCUAAACGUCUGUCUGUAUACUUAGAUAAACUGCCGAAACCACCGAAUGAUGAUGAGUCUGGCGGUAAAUCGUGUGAUAAUGACUCCAGACGACUGUACAACUGGCGUGGUAAAGCACUUUUUGUCAGUCCAUUGGCAACUGUAAAUCAGGUGGAACGAUUUCUCAGUCGUAUGUCGACAAAACAAUGGUAUGAAUGUCCUCGUGCUGAUCUACCUCUCUGGAGUCAAAUUCGUUUCGCGAAUAAUUUCAACUCGAGUGGCCUAUGUUUUCCUGCCCCACCACCUGGGAAUAGUUCAGCUGAUUAUCUAGGCGGUGUAAUCGACUGGCUUGCAACUAAUGGUAAUCGUCAUCCGCUAGAAGAUUGGGUUAAUCCAGCUAUGGUUGGACUUGUGAGUAUAGCUGCAUCAACAAGUAAUCCUGUGAAAGGUAGACCUGUUUCAAUUUUAGGACCUCAAGCUGGAGCUUUAGUUGGUGGUUAUACAAUUCGUGGGAGUGGUAUAGGCGUUGUCGUUAAACCGAAACGUGUGAAUUGUCCGAAUGGAAAUAAUCAUCAAACUGAAAAUCGGAAUAAAAAGAAUGCAACAGAACAGAAGUCAGAGCAUACUGGUGGUGGUGCUGCUGCUGACAGUGUACAAACGGUUACAGAAAGUGAAACACAUGCUUGGAUUGCUAUUGAUUUAGGUUUACAGUUGGUACCGACUGCUUAUACUUUGGCGUAUCUUAGACGAGCUGAUGCAUCGGAACACUCACUUGCAUUACGAAACUGGAAAUUAGAGGCUUCAAACGACGCAAUAUCUUGGACUAUUCUACGUGAACACAAUAAUGAUCUAAGUAUUCAUUCUGUAUCCGGUAGUCGUGCCACCUGGAGUAUAACAAACUGUGAUAAGAAUCGUGACACUGCUGCUGAAACCUUAUCUUCUACAUCGAAUACAUCGGCGUCUGUAAAUAAGGUGAAAGGAUGGCGAUUCUUUAAAAUUCAGGUGACGGGACCGAAUGCAAAUGGUGGAAAACAACUCGCUCUUGGAGGUCUAGAAUUUUACGGCAAUGUUUAUACUGUACAUAAUUCUAUAUUAACUUCUAGUGCUAUUGCACAAAAAAUCUAUUCAUCAAAUUCACUAAAUGAAAAGAAAGAGAUUUCAACAGCAGCACCGUCACCAACACCAAAACAAUCAUUAUUGUCACUUGUCAAAUCUAGUAAUCCUAAUCAAGUUGGCGUGAGUCAUCGUACUAAAGAUUGUGGUACUUCUAGCACCAACACCACUACUACUACGACUACGGCUACUACUGAAAAAAGUUCGGUUGUGGAGGGUGAUAUAGUUCAACAGGUGUGUGGAAAAUCACCUCCAAAGUCAUCGACGUCAUCAUCAUCACCCCCACCCCCACCCCCACCACCAUCUCUAUCUAAGAAUUCAAGUGUCAGUUGUCAAGAUGACAGACAGACGGCUGGUGGUGGUUCAUCAAAAGAUAAUCAAAAACAACUACAAUCCAGUAGUGGUACAGCAACAGGAACAACAACGACUGAUUGUAACACUAACAGUAAUAAUAAUCCACAAUUAUCAUCGCAAUCGAAUAUUUUCGACAAUGAUGGUGAUGAGGAACAAGAAUUAGGACUAUUUGUUGAAGAUGUUCAUCUUGAUGAUGAUGAUGAUGACGACGAUGAUAAUGAGGAAGACGGAGGAGGAGGUGGAUUGGAGGGACUAAUUGGUGAAGGCGUUUUCCUCGAUAAUGAUGAUGUCGAAGAUGACGAUAAUGGUGAUGAGUCCAACGAUAUUGGCAACAGCAAAAAUAACAAUAAGGAGGAGGAGGAGGACAGUGAUGACGACGAUAAUGACAAUGAGGAUAACGAUGAAGACGAUGGCGAAAAUGCUGUUGCUGCUGAUGAAGCAAACGAUGCCCUAAUGAAUAUUCUAUUCAAUGCAAAAGAAACUGGUUCCUCGGAUGAUAUACUAAUGAUGGAUGGGGAUAAUAAAAGUGAACUAUUGGAUGACAAUACGUUGAGAUUAUCGCAUAGAAAUUUAGACGAUUUAUCUAGUAGAGCACUUGAUGCAAAAAUCUUACAAUGCGUUGAUAGCCUUCUUGCUAACGACAAAGCAUCUCCAGAUUUAUGUCGAAUACUACGGCGAAUUGCAGCUCAAGAUUUAAAUUUCAGUCUAUCAUCAAAUAAGUCGACAUCGCGUAGUAUGGAUAGUAUAAACGCCAGAGAGGAGUAUAGUUCAACAAUCACUACUGGCCUGUCAGAUAAUACAAAGAAGGUGAACUCGGAAGAGAUUGACGUGACCGAGCCCUACUGUUUUAUGGAUCAGAGCAAUACAGAAUCAACGGAGUCAGGUGUUGAACCCAGUGUUGGCUAUUUACUCAACUCAAUCGAACCAGAAGCAAUCGAGUUUGCCGACACAGUGGAAGCUAUUAUUCGUAGUAACACGGUUCAGAAUAGACAAGAUAAUGAUGAUUCCCGUGUUUUAGAUAUAAGUAAAUCAUGGAAAAAUAUUCAAUCUAUCCACAGCACAACUGACAUCCCUUUAAUUGAUCAAACGCAUGGAUCUGAUGAUCACCACCACCAGCACCACCGUCACCAGUCUCAUGAACGUGGCAAGAAUCCCCUGAAAGGUGGUAGUGUUACAGUAUCAGAGAAAGUUUGUCAUGUGAAACAGAAAUCUCUACCGUCAGUUUCACAGUCAUCAUCUCCAUCAAAUACAACUUUGAGUAAUCAACCUAAUAACAAUAAAUUGUCGAGCGGUUCUCUUGAUGGCGAUAAUAAUGAUAAGAAGAAGAAACUACCUAAAUCACCUCAUCCGUUUUCUAAACAGGACAAUGAAAUUUCUUCACUUAACGUAAACAUAUCAUUAGAUAGUUCUCAGUCUACAGGUCUGUCGUCUUCAUGGAAAUCCUCUACUCAUCAACCAUUUCGUCGGCGUAUUCGUCGGCCUAGACCACGUCCAAUAGUCUCUUCGGGGUCUCGAGAAACACCUGCUAGUCAUUCAUGUUCACCAUGUACUGGGAGUCCUGCUGUUCCUUUGUCAUGGAAUGAAGCUAUAGAUUCUCUCCGUUUACCUCUUGGUUUAAUUCCUGCAUUUAUUCCUAAUCCGGGGUCAACUAAUGCUCCAGGUACUACAGCUUAUGUAUUAUGUCAUCCUCCGUCUAGUCAACCUGAAUGUACAACAAAUAUUAAAGAUUCAUCUUCACGUUUGUCUUUGUUCCUUGGUGUUUACAUGAAUUCUGAAUAUUUGAUUCAGAUACCGUUACGUGAUAAAAAUGCCACAUUAUUCAAAUACAUUCAGGAAUUAUCAGAGAAAUUUGAAAUGCUUGAAGAUUCUAGUAAAUAUCGCCUGUCUAAAUCAGUUGAUGGAUUGGAUAAAAGCAAAAAUAGUUAUGUUAUCAAAUUGGGCUAUCGAUUUUGGGAUGCAAAAGAUGACUGUGCGAAAAAUGAUGAUGAAUAUUGUGUUAAGCGUGUAACUCAACCUGCUGGUGACACGGUUACACCGAACAGUACUAAUAACACACUCACAACUAUCACUGGCGGGAAUGCAAGCGCUUAUAACAAUGAAACAAAUAUUAGAACAAUUUAUGGACAAGCAUUAUUAAACAAACGUGACUUACGUUUCACUCCAUCUCUUGAUCGACCUAUAAAGUAUACAUCAUCUGGUAUUGAUAUACCUAUAAUUGGUGAUGAUAAGAACGUUGGAUGUAACGAUGCUUAUGAUGAUGUAUCUGAUAAAAUAAAUAAUUCAUUGUUAACCUGUGAAAUUAAUGCACCUCAUCCACCUAGCAAUCCUGAGGAUAUUUUACAGCUUAUCAAGCUAUUGUAUCAAUUGUCAGGUUUAAAAGAAACAAAUGAAUUAGGUGUGAAUGAUUUAUUAGAUAGAAAAUCACUUGGAGAUAUACCUGCCAAUGAUCAGAAUGAGUCAAUAGAAGUUAAAAUUCAAGAUUUUGUAUCUAGUCGGCUAACAAAUAAACUGUUACGUCAAAUUCAUGAUCCUUUGGCACUGACAUCUGGUGCAUUACCAAAUUGGUGUUUAUCACUAAGUCAAAGAUUCAAUGUCAUCUUUUCAUUUGAUGCACGCUCUCAGUUAUUCACUUCAUGUGCAUUUGGUCCAGGAAGAGCUGCAAUUUGGCUUCAAAAUCGUCCACUUCAAAAACGUAGUUAUGCUGCAGGAACAACUGGAACAACAACAACUUCACUUUCUGAGACAUUUAGUCGUGCCGGUAGUGCUAACAGUACAAGUGGUGGUCGUUUAUCUUAUCGGAUCUUUUUACCAUCUGCUGGUGGUGGUGGUAAUGCUUCUUUAAUUUCUGCUCUGUUGAAUAACGCCGCCAUCACCACGAAUAACAACACUAAUACACCAGAUGCAUCAACAAAUUCGAAUACAGAUUAUGUGCUCUUACGGCCAUCGAUAUUAACUCAUCUGUUGAAUGCAACCAGUGGGGGGACAUCUAAUAGUAGCAGUAAUAAUAAUAAUAAUAAUAGUAUUUCUCAAAUCGAUAAUAUUGACAUUAAUUCAGAGCAUAUUUCAUCACUGGAAUCUGUUUUAACCAGUUUAGGCAUAUCUCUACCGCCUGCUGUUACUUCGUUAAAUUGUGAUGCCUACUUCUCAGACAAUAAUAAUAAUAGUAAUAGUAAUACUACUAGUGAUCUACUUAAUUGUUUAUUAAUUCAUUCUAAUCAAAAUGUCCAAUCGUUGGCUAGUGCAACAAUGACAACUACACCAAAUAAUGGAGGUGCCGGUGGUGGUAGUGGUGCAGGAUUUAAUUCUGAGGAUAGAUCAACAUCGAAUAUUGGUCGUUUGCACAAAGAAUUUGUACGUAUCCCCCGUUUACCGCAUGAAUUAUUAUUAACACAACAGAAGAAUAAAUAUUUUUUAAAGCUUUCACCUAAUUAUUCUUAUCAGUCAGAUAAAUUAACUUUUUGGCAUUGGGCAUCAAGACUUAUGGAAGAACAUGCAUCACGUAAAUCUGAAUUAGAAAUUCAAUUUAUCGGUGAAGAAGGUACUGGUUUGGGUCCAACAUUAGAAUUCUACUCACUUUUGGCUGCUGAACUUCGCCGACGUGAUGGUUUAAUGUGGGUAACAGAUGAUUUCCCCAUACUGUCUCAGACAAACAAUCGUCGACCAGCUCUACCUACAAUUUCUAGUUCGACGACUUUAGAAGAGCAUACUGAUUCAAGUUUUGGCAGUUAUAAUUCAGUUGACUGUGAAACAGACGAUAUAGAUGAAGCUAGUAUAUACGUGAACACACCUUGUGGAUUAUUCCCGGCUCCUUGGCCAGGAGAUCAGGUGCCUGAAUCUGUUCUGCAUCGUUUCUACAUUCUGGGUAUCACAGUAGCCAAGUGUUUACAGGACAAUCGUCGUAUCGAUUUACCUUUGUCACCACCGCUGUUGAAACUUCUUUCAACCUAUGGUAGUAUUGUUCAAGAUGGUGAUAAUCAUAUAUCCAGUUCAAAGAAAUUAGAAAGUGUUGUCAAUCCUCCAGAUUGUUCAAGUAAAGAUGUUCGUGAAACAGAGAAUAAUGUCGACUUUUCUAUCCUCUCAGAUGUUGAAAGUGCUUUUCAAAAUAUUCUCUACAGUCGUCGUUCUUCUACUACAAAGUUAUCAGAAUUUGUUAAAAAGUCAAGCUCUGAUGAGGUCUAUGAUGCUGAGGGUGAUGGUGAUGAAUUUGAUUUGGCAUCGUUUCUUAUCAGCCCUCAAUAUAAACGACUCUAUCAGUGUUCUGAAGAAUCUGUUAACCAGUUACAACAGUCUACAACAACAACAACACACUGGAUAUCUGGUAUAUUACAUUUAAAUGAUUUUUGCCUUAUUUAUCCUGAACGUGCUCAAUUCAUGCGACAAAUUGCACAAUUUCAUUGUCGUAAAUACCGAAGGAUAAUAAAGAAUACUCAACAACGAGGAGAUGAUUUUAGUCAUUUAGCAAAUGAGAUUUUUGGUUGUGAUCUAGAAGAUCUAUGCAUAUCUAUGGAGUUUCUGCCUCCUUCUAAGGUCUUUGGAUUUUCAGCCUAUCCAUUGAAAGAAUAUUACGAAUGGGAAAGGGAUUCCAUAGAAGAAGAAGAAGAAGAAGCAGUAGAGAAGAAAACGGAUCCUGGCCAAUCGCCGGCAACUCCUGUUUCAAGCCAAAAUAUCGAAAAGUAUUUAGAACUAACUUUAGCCUUUUGUUUAGAUAAAGGUAUUCGUAAACAGAUGGAUGCUUUCAAAGAUGGUUUUCAACGUGUUCUCCCAUUACGUUGGUUAGCCUUAUUCACUGGAACAGAAUUAGGCCAAUUAAUCUCUGGUGAUUCAGUUGCCCAGUGGACACGUGAAGAUCUACUCGCUUAUACAGUACCAAGUCUAGGCUUUACUAAACAAUCACCAACCUAUCAAAUGUUAAUCAAUGUAUUGAGUAAUUUCAAUCUAGCUGAACGACGCGCCUUUUUACAAUUUACAACUGGUUGUUCUAGUCUUCCACCGGGUGGUUUAAAAAAUCUUCAUCCACGUUUGAGAAUAGUACGUAAAGAAGUGACAAACAGCGGGCCAUAUCCUAGUGUUAACACGUGUGUACAUUACUUAAAGCUACCAGAAUAUCAAUCAGAGAAAGAGUUACGUACACGGCUGUUACAAGCAACAAAAGAGAUUGGUUUUUAUUUGAAUUAAAUCAAUUCCCCCCGUUUCUCUCUCUCUCUCUUUCUUCGUUGCUUUCUUUCUUUCCUUAUUCAUUCAUGUAAUUUCUACCUUCCAUGGUUUAUCAUUUGUUCUGUUUAGUUUUUGUAUUUAUUCACAUAUAUAAAGUUACUAUUUUUGAAAGAGGCAUGACGUUUUCUCGUCGAAAGUUACUCAAAAUCCCUUUCUGUUUCUGCGUGUAUUUGUAUGUAUAUCAGUCUUUGUCGUUCUGCUCAGUUGAUGUGACCGUACUAUGUUGCGUAAACUACCUAUUGUAUUGUGUGUGUGCGGGUGCCUGCGCGAUUUUCGAAUUUCCGCAGAAAUCUCACCCCCUUGUUUGUUUUUUGUUUUAUAACAAGUCAAAAAGAAAGCACCACUGUAGAUCAUCCAUUCACAUCUAUGUUGUGAUUUGGGGCAGAACACAAGAAUCUUCAGCUUCUUUCUGCCUGCUUAUUUUGUGCAUCUAUCUAUCGUACAUGAGACAAGUAGUACUAGCAGUUGUUGUUGUUGUUGUAGUAAUUCAGAAAACAAAAUUCCUGCUCAACUCAACUCACCUUGACUCGAAUUGACUGAGUCACAAAAACAAGGUAAACAAACAACUCAUGGUAAUGAUGGCGAUGAUGGCAUGCUUUAUAGAGUGAGUUGUAUCCUUUCCGUGUGUGUUACAAUGUGUUUCACGGUCAGAGAAUUGAUCUGGUUUAGUGAAACUGGUUACAAUAUUGUAACACACACACACACGCACUCUCUCUCUGUUGUUUAUUUCGGUUGGUUUGUCUCUCUCAUUGUUUUACAAAAAAUAUACCUAUGUAUAAACAUUACAUAUUUGUAUCGUAUACACAAGUUAGUAAUAAUCAACUUCAGAGACUAUUAUUAUUAUUACUAUUAUUAUUGCUAAUUACUGUUAUUAUGAAAUUAAAUGUCGAUUUGAAUAAAUAAAUAAAUAAUUUAAUACAAUACAGUGAAAUCUAGAAAAGGA